AUGUCCAUCAAACGGGCCCUCUCCAAGGCCAUUCGAGGGCACAUGGACGAAGAUGACUCGUCUGGUUCUCACAUUCGAUCCACCUUGUCGCCCAAAUCGCGCACUUCGCGUGAUUACUCUCCUAACUCCCCUCACCGAAGCAUCCUCGGUAACUUCCUGCGCGACCGAGGAGACUACGUUUCCUCCUCUGAAGAUGUCUCAGAUGACUCCUCCUCGACCGGGGCGCUGAGUAAAAACCAGCAGAAGCGAUUGGUGCGCCAACAGCGACGCAGCGAGCGCAGCCGCCUCAGCGAGGAGGCCUUUUCUGAGUCGGAGCAUCGGCGCAAGGAAGAGGAAAUUGCCCGGGCUAUAGCCGAGGAGACAGUCGAGAUGAAAGCCCGGUAUGGGGAGCUGCCCCUAAUGCAGUCGCAGGACCGAACCGGAGAGCCACGAGUGCGCUUCGAUGACAUUACUGCGGCUAUGGCGGGCCAGCAGGUGUUUUUCACGGCUCGACUGCAUGUUGUCCGUCGGAUGAGCUCCAAACUUGUUUUCUUGGUCUUCCGCCAGCAGCUGGCCACCUUCCAGGGUGUCCUGCACGAUCGGGAGGGGGUUUCGUCCAUCGCCAUGAUUCAGUGGGUGGAGCACCUCCGGGUGGGUUCUUUCGUCCGUGUCCGUGGUACGAUUCGGGCACCCGAAGUCCCUGUGCUGGGCUGCAGCAUCCACGAUGUCGAGCUGUCCAUUGAAUCUGUACACCUCCUGGUCCGUCGUGAGGAACCGGUUCCUUUCAGCGUGUACGAGGCCGAGAUCCGGACAACCGAGGAGGAUAAGGUCGAGGGCCGUCGCAGUCAUAUCCCCGAUCGCACACGACUCGUCAACCGGCUUCUAGACCUUCGUACAGCAACCUCGCAGUCCAUCUUCCGUCUGCAGUCGGCAACCUGCAACCUGUUCCGAGGCGCUCUCGACGAGCGUGAGUUUAUCGAAAUCCAUACCCCUAAGCUGCAGGGUGCCGCCACCGAGUCCGGCGCCAGCGUCUUCCAGGUCAACUACUUUGGCCGCCCUGCCUUCCUAGCUCAGUCUCCCCAACUAGCUAAGCAGAUGGCUAUUGCUGCCGACUUUGGCCGCGUCUAUGAAAUUGGUGCGGUGUUCCGCGCCGAGAACUCCAACACCCACCGACACUUGACCGAGUACACCGGCUUGGAUAUUGAAAUGGCGAUCGAGGAACACUACCAUGAGAUGCUCGAGACCAUCGAUGCAGUCAUUAAGAAUAUCUUAAGCGGCAUCUACUCCAAAUAUCGUCGCGAGAUUGAGCUCGUCAAACACCAGUUUCCCUCUGAGGAUGUUGUGUGGCUGGAGAAGACGCCUAUCAUUCGCUUCAGCGACGGCAUUCAGAUGCUCAAUGACUCGGGCUGGCGAAAUGAGGACGGCGACCCACUGCCGCUAGAUGAGGACUUGGCCACCCGUGAUGAGAUUCGCUUGGGCCAGCUGAUCAAGGAGAAGUAUGGCGCCGACUAUUACAUUCUUGACAAGUUCCCCCGAAGUGCACGCCCCUUCUACACGAUGCCAGAUCCCGAAGACGACAAACUCACCAACUCGUUUGACAUGUUCGUUCGCGGCCAGGAGAUUGUAUCUGGUGGCCAGCGUAUCCACGAACCCCACAUGCUUGAGGAGAACAUGCGUCGUGUGGGAAUCAAUCCAGACGAUAUGGAGGAAUACAUGGAGGCUUUCCGCUGGGGUGCUCCGCCCCAUGCCGGUGCUGGAGUUGGCCUGGAGCGUCUUUUGAUGUUGAUUCUCCAGGUGGGCAACAUCCGUUUGACCUCGCUCCUCCACCGCGACCCGAAGAGCCUGCCGGCGAAGCCCCCUGUGCAGCAGCUUCGGCACCCAGACUCAUCAACCCUUGAGCCGAUGUGGCUACGCGAUGGUCGUAGCCGCGUUGCCGCGCAUCAAAAUGAGCUGCAGCCGUUAGCCGAGCUGAUUGCUAACUACGGCGAUGCCACCUCGACAUCCUGGUUUGACGACCGGUUCAAGAUUUGGCGUGAUAUGGCCACGGGCGCUGCGGUCGCCUAUGUGGCCAGCUCCAGCAACUAUGCAGUGAUUCCUGGCAACCCAGUGUGCGACCCCAGCCAGUACACGCGGACCAUCACGCAGUUCCUGCAGUGGUUGCGCCGCGACACCAAGUUCAAGCCGGUGUGGAUUCUGUGCUCGCCCGAAGUCGAAACCAUUCUGGGCGAGCGACUCGGAUGGCGUAGCCUCUCCUGCAUCGCCGAGGAGCGCGUCGACCCGUCUCGCAACCAAGCUGCCUCCGACGGCGAAAUUGCCCGCAAGCUGCGCCGUGCCGAGAAUGAAGGGAUCAAGGUGGUGACGGUAAACCAGGGAGAAAUGGUGCCUGAAGACGCACGCACAAAAAUUGACGAGCGCAUCCAAGAGUGGCUCCGCAACCGCAAGGGUACGCAGGUUCACCUGUCAGAGAUUCGACCGUGGUCUGACUCCCAACACCGCUGGUACUUUUAUGCUGUCGACAAGACAGGCGCCAUCUGUGCCUUCGUGGCUUUGGCCAUGCUGUCGCCUGCGCACGGCAUGCAGGUCAAGUACAGUCUGGACUUCCCGGGCGCGCCCAGUGGCGUCAUCGAAUACAUUGUCUCGCACGCGAUCCAAACCGCGGCCAAAAGCGGUGUCAAAGGCCUCACCUUUGGUGCUGGUGCCACGACCCAUCUUAUCCCGGGUCACAACAUGCACGGCGCCAAGGUCAGGAUGCUUGAGCGCACCUACGAGACUCUUGCCAAACAAUUCCACCUUGUCCGCAAGAGCGAGUUCCGUGCCAAGCUCGGUGCUACCGAAGAUCCUCUCUACAUUGCCUACCCGGCUCACGGCCUGGGCUCCAAGGGCAUUCGCGCCAUCUUGAACUUCUUUGAAGAUUAA